UGCUAGAAGGCAGGCGGGUCGCGCGAAUCAUCCAGCCAAGUUUUCAAAACAAGCUUGUUAUUUGAAAAAUCCACUGUGAAACGACAAAACAGUGCGUGUAAUUCAUAACAUCAGCUAUUACACUGUUAGCCCUUGUUAGUGGAACACUAUGGUGUGAUUGGAAGAUGUAGUUGUGUUGGUUAUGUGUUUAUUUGGAUUUUGGAGCAAGAUGAAGCUUUUUUAUUUGGUAGGUCUGGUUGCAGUAGCAGUCGAGGUUAAGGCAGUGCAAUUUCCAACAAAUCCUAAUUCAGAUGUAUCUGCAGACGAAAAAAGCAUACCUAAAAAGAACCAAACUAUAGACCAGUCUGAUGAAAGUGGUCAUGAAAACAAUAGCGAUAAUAGUGAAAAUGACGAAAGGGAUAAAAAGUUUUUGGAUUUUGCAAUGCGAACUGUACUAGACCCUAAUUCAGUUAUAGCAAAACCUAGUGACGAUGUUGUUGAGAAUUUUAAGCAACAAUUAGAAGAAUUAGAUCACGACAACAUGACAUUGCAUGUUUUUAUGGAAGAAAUGGAUAAUAUUAGUUUAGAAAUAUGUAAAACAUCACAACAAUCUCUUUGGUCAUAUGUAACGGAUAUAAAUAAUGAAAACAAAAAGAAAAAAAUGGUGAAGAUUGCCGCAGAAGAAGACGAAAUCAAGAAACAAUACUGGAACAUAAUAAAGAAGAAAUAUUUAGUUGAUACGAUGAUAGCAAAUGACACAAAACUGCAAAGAAAACUGCGAAUAAUUAAAGAAAGGGGAACAAAUGUACAGAUGCCCCAAAGUAAGCAACGAGAAGAAAUAGAUAUGAUGCAACGCAUAUGGAGUCGAGUGACGGUGUGUGCGUACAAUACUUCUUGUAACUUUGAGGAAAGCAUACGUUCUAUGAGUGAUAUCAUACAAAUUUUCAAAACAAGCAAUGACACAAAAGAACUUACAUUUUAUUGGAAAGCCUAUAGAGAUGCAACUGGGAGAAAAAUAAGGCCGAUAUUCAAGGAUUACGUCAUUAGAAUGAAUAGAGUUGCCGAAUCUGAAAACUUCACUGAUGCCGGAGAUAUGUGGCGAUAUGCCUUUGAAGAUGAUAAUUUUGUAGACACAGUAGAUCGUAUAUGGUAUGAAGUGAAACCUUUCUACGAUCUACUACAUGAUUAUGUUAGAAUAAAGCUAAAGCAGUUUUACAAUAACGAUAUAAAGGAUAAUGAUAAUACGAUUCCCGCUCAACUUUUGGGCAACUUAUGGGCUCAGGAGUGGCAGGCAGUUUAUUCAAAAGUGGCCGCUUAUCCAAACCGUAUGAGGCCACAUAUUUCUAAUAACGAGAGUUUACAUGCCAGAGACCUCUUUGAUGCGGUUGAUGAUUUUCACCAAUCUAUUGGCUUUGAGAGUGCGAGGGAUUCUUAUAAGGAUAUCAGGGAAACCAUGAUGACUGCCAAUUGUUUGCCAUCCAGUCAUGAUAUGUGUGAUGGUGUUCAUUAUAAAAUCAAAUGGUGCGGAGAGAAGGUUACCGACACAAUGAUCGGUUUAUCCAGAGCGGCCAGACUACUUGGUCACGUGCAGUACUUCAAACACUAUCGGCAUCUUGCCCCGUUGUACAGGGAUGGUCCUAAUCCAGCAUUCCACGAUGCGAUAUCAGACAUUGUAGCAAUCCAACUGACAACUCCGGACCACUUGGUGAAACUGAACUUGAUCAAAGAGACGGGGCCUGAAGUGACAAUGAAUCACCUCUUGUGGAUAGCUUUGGAGAAGUUCCCUCUCAUGGCUUACGCUUAUGUCCUGGAUAAAUGGAGAUGGGACGUGUUCUCAAAUAGCUCUAUGGAAAAUUGGAACCAGCAUUGGUGGGAUCUUCGAAUGAAAGAAACAGGAGUCUCGCCACCAGUACCAAGGAACGAAAGUGAUUUAGACCCUGCUGCUAAAUACCACGUUGUGUCUCAUGUCCAGUAUAUUACUUAUUUAAUAUCGCACGUGUUGGAAUUCCAAAUCCUGUCGUCUCUAUGCAAACGAGCCAACCAUACGGGACCUUUACACGAAUGUUCCAUAUACGGUGUGAAGGAAGCGGGAAAACUACUCAGCGACGGAAUGUCUCUUGGUGCAAGUGAAGACUGGAGGACAGUUCUCAAAACAAUGACGGAAGAAACUGAAUUAUCUACGGAAGGAAUCCUAGAGUAUUUCUCACCACUAAAAGAUUUUCUGAAAGCAGAAAAUGCAAAGUAUUAUAGAGAAAAAGAGGAUAUGGAUCAAAGUGCUCCUAUUAUUGUAGGAAUAGUUGUAGUUACUUUAAUUGUUAUCAUUAUAGUUCUUUAUGUUAUUAAAAAACAAGAUUGUGGUGGUCAUAUAUUGUCAUUAUGCGGCUUGAGUAAAAAUGGAUCUUUAGAUAUAGUCACCAAUGAUAUAACGCCAAGUAAGACCACUGAGGUGAGUGGGGUUAAUGAAGAAAAAGUAUGAUGUAGCAACCAUGAUUAUGUACAGCAGCUUGCUUGAACUUGACCCCUUUGGUUUGUAUAAAUACAAGAGUUUGUUUGAGAGUCAUGUUUCCUGCAGGCGACUGUACAAUGCAGAUAUGCCUUGUAUUGAUUAGUCGACAACCUUAAAAUUGAAUUUGGUAAAACAAUUAUUAUUUUAAUGUUCUAAGAAGUGAUUAAAUAUUCGAAUGCAACUUUUAUUUGUGGAAUAACUUGAUUUAUGUGAUUAUGAUAUAACUAAGUCAAAAAUAUCUGGUAGAAAUUGAUUUAUGAAAACUAUUUGUAGUAUCGAUAUGUAAAUAUUUUUAAUGAGAAUGCAGGAAGUUAGUGAUUUUGUGAAUGAAUCUAAUGAAUUAAAUCAUAUAGUUAGUAUUUAUAAGCUAUUUGA